AUGAUAAGAAAUACCAAAAAACAAAAGGGAGAAGAAAGAGAAAACUUAGUUAGUUCAGAAAAAAUGAUUGAAAGUAUGCAACAGAAAGUCAGUUGCACAUCGAUUGCAACCACUGCAAAUAUUUCAAGGUCUAAGCCCACAAGAAAAUGUGACCAAUUUCAAAAGCAUAAACAAAAAAAAACUUAA